AUGUCCACCGCCAGGAUUCAGCCUGGCUUGGAGCGCAUCGCCCAGCUCGUCAAGGGUGUCACCUAUCCAUGGAACUCCAUACACGUCGCGGGCACCAAUGGAAAGGGAUCCAUCUGCCACUACGCUUCGUCCCUGCUGACUCAAAGACACAUCCGCUGCGGUAAAUUCACGUCUCCGCAUCUGGUAGACAGAUGGGACUGCAUUUCCGUGAAUAACAAGACAGUCCAAGAGGCCCACUUCCGUGAGGUAGAGAAGCAUUACAUUCAACUCGAUCAGACAAGGAAGAUCAACGCUUCCCCUUUUGAGAUUCUGACUGCCACUGCUUUCCACAUCUUCAACGAUGAAAAAGUGCAAAUCGGCGUCAUCGAGGUAGGCAUGGGUGGCAAGCUCGACGCUACAAACAUACUGGAUAACCAAGUAAUCUCGGUCAUUUCAAAGAUAGCUCGAGAUCACGAAAAGUUCCUGGGAGGCUCUCUUGGAGAGAUAACAAUGCACAAGGCAGGAAUUCUACGACCACAAGUUCCAUUCGUCGUCAAUCCAGUCAACGAGUGGCACGUCCAGGAUGUCGUCGACGAGUAUGCAAAAGAAAUUGGAGCUGGACCACGUCUUAGAGUCGACGAUCCUGAGAUCAACUCAAUGCUAUACCCGUGGGAAGAGUGGCAUCGUUUCGCUAGCCAACUUCGACCCUUUCAGAAAGAUAAUGUAGUUUUGGCGGUUAUUGCUGUCAGGCAAGCAUUGGAGAGUAUAAAUGAAUCCACAAACAUUACCAAGCUAAGAAGGCUGCUGCCAACGAUCCCGCCAAAUCCAGGGCGUAUUCAAAAGGUCAGAGUUCCACCAGUCUUUGGCACACCGAACAAAUCAGAGAAACCAGAACGACACAUCCUCGUAGAUGGAGCGCAUAAUCGGGAUGCAGCGUACGCACUGAAUGGCUACGUCGACAAAUUUGAGAGAAGAAAGUUGAUUCGUGGCGAAAUGCCACCGAAAGACGGAUGGCCUGUUACAUGGGUGCUUGCCAUGGGUCAAGACAGAGUUCCUCGUAAAUUUCUCGAAAUUAUACUCCAACCGGGAGACAGCGUCGUCACAACCAAGUUCGGCCCCGUCGACGGCAUGCCUUGGGUAACACCAAAGGAUCCCCAAGAUCUCCUUCAGUCGGCAUGUGCCAUACGUCCAAACAUCACCGGUGUUUGCGUACCUUCGGUCGGAGCGCUGCGAGCAGUAACCACUGCGAAAUAUCUCACGCAAGAAAGGCACCCCAUAGUCCUGACUGGCAGUCUGUAUCUUGUUGGCCAGUUUUUUCGCGAACUACGGUCUCGACAAGACGAGAGAUGGUGGACAGAUGAGUCCAAGGAACUCGACAGAGCAUUGUUUCGAGAGAUACACGAGGAAGAGCGCGCUCGAGCCUAUCGAGCCUUUGGCAGC